AGUGAAAUUUUCGUCAGAUAUUUUUGAUGACUGACUAUCGCAUGUCUUCUUAAUUGCCUGUGGUUUCAAUGUUGUGAAGAUUAAAUACAAAUCUUUCAACUUCGCUUGAAAAACAAGGCGGUACCACACUCGAUGAGUAUCUCACUUUUUUCUUCAUCAUUUUAAUUUCAAGCCCCAAAUGGGAAAAACAACGAAAGCGUUCUUGAACAAGUAUUACUGCAAGACACACUCUGUUUACAAAGGCUCCUAAGUGGCUUUACAAUUUUGAAAGUCCAUAGUACAAUGGAACAGUUGGCUUUAGAAGCGAUGCGGCAAGAUUUAGCGGGAGACAAUUUAUACUUCAACUCUGCGGGAACGCAAAAACGCCGCUCAGCAUUGAAUUAUGACAACUGCUGGUUGCUUUUUUUUUCAACUGAAACCUGGAUUCACUCCGUGAAAAUGUGACUCCAGAUUAUCUCAACCUCGACGCAAUUAGCUCGAACUGAAAUAAAUUACUUUUAUGAUUGAAAAGGAUUACACCAGUGGUGUAGCGGUUGUUCUCUCUAUCUGUGUGAUCAGAGGCGUGAGGCAUUUAUCAACGGCUUUGACAGCUCUGAAAAGAACUUAAUUAAUAAGGAAAUAAUUUCUCAGCGGGACAAUGCGACAAUGACUUUUCCUGUGGUAAAAUGGAAGCACACGGUAUUUUCAUUUCCACUGUGCACACUCCCAGCUUGAAAUUUUACUUUAAUAAUGUUUGAAAUUAUUUUCAGUGGUGUUUUGUAGCUCGCGGUAUGGGUUCAUAACAGGACAAAUAAAUGAAUGGUAGGGGGUGAAAGUUUAGCUUUAUAAACUGUCACUAAUAACGCAAAUAAUAAAGUUGAUUAAUCAGUGAUGAGCUUUUAAUUAACAAUCCUUAAGAACUAAUAUCAUUGUUUUGCUUGUGUGUUUUAUUAACCGUGUCAAAAUCCACUGGCUGUAUAUCUACACAGCGCGUCUGAGAAGUCUUGUGAGGCGAGGAUCUAGUGAACAUUUCGCCCAGUCUAAAGUGAGCUGUAAUCAGUGUUAUUGAGAGCAAGAAUGCAACAAUUAAUUGCAUAAGUGGGUAUUGAUAUUCCAUGGAUGGUCUUACUGCUUUUGUGUCCCGGUUCGACAAGGUAAAGCCACAAGAUUCAUCAGCCACACAAGUUGAUGGUGGCCGAGAGCAGGACAAUGCUUCAUCUUCUUCGAGCUUGGUGACUCUUCCAUUCAGCAUUGCGGAAAUUUUGAGCGAUAAACGAAAUGAGCCAAGGAAAAAGGAAACCGAAGACAUCAGUAUUGAAAUGAGACGGUAUGCUGUGCAAGGUUUUGACGAAUCACCCAGACGAACAAACCGGUGCAAACCUCCGCGAAACAGGAAAAAUUUCACGAGAGAACAAUUGCGAGAACUGGAGAAACUGUUUGAUCAGACACAUUACCCAGAUGCCUUGACGCGGGAGACACUGGCGAAGAGGAUGGGCCUAUCAGAAGCUAGAGUUCAGAUCUGGUUUCAAAACCGUCGUGCUAAAAGUCGUCGGCAGGAAGGACCGAGUCAGAGGGGCUUCGUUGUCCCGGCAACCCCGACAUACAAACCACCAAAUCACGUAACUCAGCUACGCCAAGAAACAUCUAUCACACCAUUUACCCAUGGUGCUUAUAGAACUGGGUGUGUUGAGCAUCUGUGCAUGUGUAACCACGCCAGUUUUGUUACCAGUGUCAGUCAGGUUGAUUAUAAUCGUCAGUUUAAUCAACAAACAAGCAUCGAGGAUCUGAGACGUAAAGCUCGGUACCACAACUGGGGGGGGCAUAACGUACAUUGAGCCCGCGUUUUCAUCUCCUUGGAUCAGUGGAGAAAGGAAUUUAAAAAGGAUGUUUCACUGCCUUUUUCCGUGUUCAGGAAACUAAAAUCAAAGUUUUAAUCAGACCAAACUGACCGUAAUAAAUUUCUCUCAGAUUUCAAAAAUAGUUCAAUUCGAUAUUUAUUACAUUAAUAGAUAUCACUAUAAUAAACUGAAAUCAUGCGCUUCAUUCAAUACAAAAAAAUCGCUUUUUCUCUCUAAAUUAAUGACAAAACAUCAAGCUGAUUUGGCUCUUAUCGAUGGACUGUCGAAAAACUAAAUCUUACAAUUAUUUAAUAGACUAGAUGGCUGUAUUGCACGGUUUUUUUGGAUGAGCCUACACGAAGGAAUGGACUGUCUACAACUACGGCUUCACAUGUACAAAAAUUUAUAAAAAAUAGCGGUUUGAUCUAAAACUUCGAUUCAAUGUUUUCAGCCUAUUCUAAUUAAAUAUCUUGUAUUGCAAUCAGUGCAAAUAAAUAAUAUUAAAAAAAUA